AUGUCAAAAAUUGAAGAAUUAGAGAAUCACAAGAAGAGAAAACUAUCCAGCGAUGCCGAUCAAGAGCAAUCUCAACCGUGGGUUGAAAAAUACAGACCAAAGAAAUUGGACGACGUUGCAGCUCAGGAUCAUGCUGUUACCGUCCUAAAGAAAACAUUGCAAUCUGCCAACUUACCACACAUGUUAUUUUACGGACCACCAGGUACCGGUAAGACCUCCACAAUUUUAGCCUUAACCAAAGAGUUAUUUGGUCCAAGAUUAGUGAAAUCAAGAGUGUUAGAGUUAAAUGCAUCAGAUGAACGUGGUAUCUCAAUUGUUAGGGAGAAAGUGAAAAAUUUUGCUCGUCUAACUGUCUCAAAGGUGUCUAAAGAAGACUUAGAAAAUUAUCCUUGUCCUCCUUAUAAAAUUAUCAUUUUAGAUGAAGCCGAUUCCAUGACUGCAGAUGCUCAAAGUGCCUUACGUAGAACAAUGGAAACCUAUUCAGGUGUUACCAGAUUUUGUUUGAUCUGUAAUUAUAUCACUAGAAUCAUUGAUCCGUUGGCUUCAAGAUGUUCCAAAUUCAGAUUUAAAUCAUUAGAUGCUUCCAAUGCACUAAGCAGGCUAUCAUACGUUGCAGAGAAAGAAUCAGUUACUUAUGAAGAAGGCAGUUUGGAAAAGAUAUUAGAUAUAUCGGCUGGGGAUCUGAGAAAAGCCAUAACGUUAUUACAAUCCGCAUCCAAAUUAAGCGAUUAUAAUGACAAUAAUAAAAUCACACCUGGGCAAUUAGAAGAACUAGCUGGUAUAGUACCAACCCAUAUACUGAAAGAAAUAGUCGAGAAAGUUGCCAGUAAAGAUGUAAACAGUAUCAUACAAUAUGUUAACAAUUUCUGUAAAGAUGGAUGGUCCGGGGCUUCAGUGGUCGAUCAAUUACACGAACAUUACAUUACAAACGAUAUGUUUGAUACCAAUUUUAAGAACCAAGUUUCUAUGAUUCUGUUUGAUGCUGAUUCUAAAUUGACGAAUGGUACAAAUGAACGUAUUCAACUGUUGAAUGCACUUAUUAAAAUAUCUCAAGUAUAG